AGAGAGAGAGUGGUCCUUAGCAAGAUCAAGCUCAUGUUAGUCACCUGUUGUGCCAAGGAGGGCGGGGAGCAAGGUCGCUUAGGACUUCGAUGUGUCAGAACUCAUCUUACCCAUAUAGGUUACUUUUGUGGAAGUUGCUAAGUUGAUCUGCGCAGUGGGACAAGAUGCAUUACAAUAAUGAAGGCUUGGUCCAGUUUGCCGAGACAGCGGGUGAUCACGAGGGCCGCCUCACCCACAAGUCGCCUCCCAAGACACUGUAUGAUUCAGCUUACAAGGAACGAUGGUUUAAACUGAAAGCCAACCUACUGUUCUACUAUCGUUUGAAUGAGUUUGGUGGAGUAGAGAAAAAUGAGCCGAGUGGUGUCUUUGUUUUGGAGAAUGUUGAUAUUCAGAUGGAACAGACGGACCUUCCCUUUGGAUUUGCUAUCAGGUGGAAGGACGACUUGGAGAGGAAGCAUCUCUUCUUUGCCAGCUCAGAAGCAAGUGCUGUGACAUGGAUGAAUAAAUUGAUAAAUGCAAGUUAUGAACACUUGAGAGCACAGAUGGUAAUGUUAAGAGUUCAGAUUAGAAGGAAAACAGGAAAGGAUCCCCUUGAACACCUCGGUACCCCUCUCAUGCAGCGGACAGCACGGGCAGAUACAAAGCGCAAGUCACGAUUCCACGUUGACUUGGAGGAAAAUGAGAAAGAGUUAUCAGAGGAAUAUGCAUUACAAUCAUCUAGUCUUACAGAUCACCAGAGACCAGAUAGAUUGAGUCCAUCGAGGUACAGUUUGCCAGUAAAAAGUCCUUAUUUGAAGGUGAAAGUUGAAAAGAGUUUGUCAUGCAAGGAACCAGUGCGAGCUGCUCCAAUCCCUCCUCCAAGGAAAGGAAAGAAACACAUCAGUCAAAAUGGACACGUGGUGGUGGAUGAUUUAAUACCAGGACUGGAAAGCAAGAUUGUAGAUGACUUGGUAGUAGGUGUGGGGGGCAGCAGGGCCUCAUUCAGGUGCCAUAUAGAUGAUGAGUGUCUUCCUAACAAAAAAGACAACUUGCUUGACUGACUUGAGUCUCUGUGUCAGCAAGUCAGCCUCAGAAUGAAUCUCUUCCUUUACAGUUAGCUUAAGUCACUCAUUAAUGGUCUCUGACAUGAGUGCUGUUUGACAUGAAGGCAUUGAAGUGUGUAUUGCUAUAAUAUUUAACCCAAAUAAUCCUCAGGUGCCUUAUGAGAAUAUGAAUAUUUUGUGAUAUAUGUGUGUGCUUCUACCGAUGGAAAUGAACAAUAUGGUAUACAUAAUUUGUAUUCUAAUAUUUAUAUAACAUUGAUCUUUGUUCAGUAUGUAUUUGUAUUCAAUUUGAAGUGUACCAUUCCAUACCUUAAUACAUACAUAAGUAUAUUUAUAUUGUAAUUGGUGAUAAUAGUACAAGUCUGUACUUGCUCAUAGUCUGUCAUUGGAUAGCAAUAUGCUAUCCAUCUCUAUUUAUCCAUCUGUCUAUAUAUCUAUUUGUAUCUGAUGUCUGUUCCUGAAACUCCAAAGAGGAAACUGCCACAGAGGAGUCUUUAUUGACUUCUGUAGUUGCAUUACCUCCUUGCAUGCUCUAGUCCUCUUAUUCUCUUCCACUCUAUUCUCAUGCACACUUCAGUACUCCAUCUCAUGCUUCACUGGACGUUGUUCUCCUGCACCCACCACAUCUUUCAUGCUCAUGUGUAUGUCCACUUUGCUCAUCAUUUAAUAUCCUUUCCAGGAGAUCAAACCACCACAGGAAGCUGCAUUUCAUCUCCCUUUGUCACUCCACACUUAAUUUCUUCAGCUUCUCUUGAUCUGUUAUAAACACUCAUUACUUUCAAUGUGCAUUACUCACCAUGAUACAGCAUUUUAUCCCAGUAAAGAAAGACUCCUCAUCUCAUGCAGUAAUCAUUCAUUUGCUAUGUCAUAUACACCAAUUCAUAACACUGCUGUCAAGUGCAUAUCCUAUCUGUACAGCAUCAGUACACACAACAUUUAACAGGCAUGCCUUUUUGGUAAAACUAGCCCUAGAAGUUAGUGGAAAACAUGAAAAUAUAUCUUACGUAAACCUUCAAGUUUGUUAAUUGACAUUUUUCUUGUGUGUAGGGAAUGCAACUGCAUUAGUGCUGUAUUUCUCUCUCUCUCUCUCUCUCUCUCUCUCUCUCUCUCUCUCUCUCUCUCUCUCUCUCUCUCUCU